GUUUUCCUGAGAAAUUAUUAGUGUUUUCUUGCUUUUUUGAGCACUUUUUGAACGAGAACUAUUUAAGUUGGAUGCCGUUUUACUUUUUUAGGCAGAGAAAUCAUAACUUCAGUGGUGAAGCCUUGAAGAAAGCAAAAGGAGUGUUUGUUUUUGUUCAGAUCUGGUGCACACUUAAACCCACAAAUGUGUUGUGAACGCCUGAAACUGGCAAAAACAGCUCGUUUUUAGCUUGUUAUCAGAGAGCAGGUGAAGAAAAAUGGAAGCUUUAUACAUUUUCACUUGGAUUUUGCAUCUGGUUUUGAUUGUCUCUCAAGUAAGUUCAGAGCCAUUUGAAGAUAAGCAGGCUCUGCUAGAUUUUGUUAACAAUUUGCCACACUUUCGUUCGCUAAACUGGAACGAGAGCUCUCCAGUGUGUAAUAACUGGACCGGAGUGAAAUGUAGCGGAGAUGGAUCGCGUAUAUUAGCCGUUAGAUUGCCUGGUGUUGGAUUUAGCGGUCAGAUUCCACCUAACACCAUCAGUCGUUUAUCAGCUUUGAAGAUUUUGAGUCUCAGAUCGAAUAUUAUUAGUGGGUAUUUCCCUUCUGAUUUUGUUAACUUGAGAAGCUUGUGUUAUCUUUAUCUACAGUUUAAUAAUUUCUCUGGUCCAUUGCCGGAUUUUUCCGUUUGGAAGAAUCUCACCAUUGUUAAUUUGUCUAACAAUGGGUUUAAUGGAACCAUUCCUCAUUCAUUGUUGAAUUUGACUCAACUUCAAGCUUUAUAUCUUGCAAACAAUUCGUUAUCUGGUGAAAUUCCUGAUCUUAAAUUGCCCAGCUUGCAGCAGCUGAAUUUGUCUAACAACAAUCUCAGUGGUUCUAUCCCAGAAUCACUUAAAAAGUUCCCAACUUCUGUCUUUGGUGGGAACAACAUUACUUUUGAUGAAAGUUCAGCUCCUAGAGCUUCACCUGAUGUUGCACCGUCCAGUGAAUCUAAUUUGAGGCCUAAGAAUGGCAGGAGAAUUGGUGAAACUGCUUUGUUAGGAAUUAUAAUCGCAGCUGCUGUUUUAGGGCUUUUGGCAUUUGUGUUUCUGAUAAUUGCUUGUCGUGUAAGAAGAAAGAGGGAGGAUGGAUUUGUGGGCACAUUACAAAAGAGAGAAAUGUCACCAGAGAAAAUGGUUUCCAGGAAUCAAGAUGCAAGUAAUAGGCUAUUUUUCUUUGAGGGUUGUAAUUAUGCAUUUGAUUUGGAGGAUUUGUUGAGGGCUUCUGCUGAGGUUUUGGGGAAGGGAACCUUUGGCAUGGCUUAUAAAGCGAUUCUGGAGGAUGCAACCACAGUGGUAGUGAAGAGAUUGAAAGAAGUUAAUGUUGGGAAACGAGAUUUCGAGCAGCAGAUGGAGAUUGUUGGAAAUAUUAGGCAUGAGAAUGUGGUUGAGCUGAAGGCCUAUUACUAUUCCAAAGAUGAGAAGCUGAUGGUGUAUGAUUAUUUCAGUCAGGGAAGCGUCUCUUCUAUGCUACAUGGUAAGAGAGGAGAAGGUAAGAUCCCUCUAGAUUGGGAUACUCGAAUAAGAAUAGCUAUAGGUACAGCAAGAGGCAUUGCCCGUAUCCACGCAGAAACUGGUGGUAAGCUUGUACAUGGCAACAUCAAGUCCUCAAACAUCUUUCUCAACUCCCAACAGUAUGGUUGUGUGUCUGAUCUUGGUCUGACAACUAUUACAAACUCACUAGCCCCAGUUAUUUCCCGUGCUGCCGGUUAUCGAGCCCCUGAAGUGACAGAUACUCGUAAAGCAGCACAGCCUUCUGAUGUCUACAGCUUUGGUGUAGUGUUGCUAGAGCUCCUCACAGGAAAAUCCCCAAUACAUACUACUGGUGGAGAUGAACUUGUCCAUUUGGUCAGAUGGGUUCAUUCUGUAGUUAGGGAGGAGUGGACAGCAGAAGUGUUCGAUGUAGAGCUGUUGAGGUAUCCUAAUAUAGAGGAAGAGAUGGUUGAGAUGUUACAGAUAGCGCUAGCUUGUGUGGUAAGGAUGCCUGAUCAAAGACCAAAAAUGCCAGAAGUCGUCAAAAUGAUAGAAAAUGUGAGGCGGAUUGAUGCUGAGAAUCGGCCUUCUUCUGAAAACAAAUCUGAAAGUUCAACACCACCUCCACCGGUUGUUGCUGAGAACUAACUCUAAUUCUAGAGUGAGUGAGUGAACCAUUAGACUAUCUUUUCUUUUCUUUUCUUUUCUUUUCUUUUUUAAUUUUUUGCCAGUUCUGGUGGUAUAUUUUCAUUUCAUUGAUGGUGUAUUGUCAUUUCAAUUCAUCUUAAAUUAUUGUUUUGCCCAUUUCAUUGAACAAAUUCUGAUAGAUCUUUUAGCAACCUGAUCCAAGGUAGAGUUAGUUCAAGUUAUGGACAGACAUAAUCUUAUAUUAUAAUUUAUAAACAUUAGUUUAAGCAUU